CGGAGCACCACAUGCGUAACCUCUCCCGUCCCAGGUGAUCACGCACACGCACACACACUUGUAUGUACCCAACCGCGCGUCACGCUGCCGGUUCACACCGCUCACCGGGAACCAGCAGGAGAGCAAACCCCACCGACCUGCCAGCUGAGCGCAGCAGUCAUGGACGGUUCUACACCGAGUGAACAUCCCGGGAAGGCCGCUCUGGAGGCGGUUUCCCCGGUCCGGGGCUCCGGUGAUGCCCGGUUCGUCGGUGGUGCCCGGGGUUCCAGGGAUGUCGGGUUCUUCGGUGAUGCCCGGUUCGUCGGUGGUGCCCGGUUCUGCGGUGAUGCCCGUGGUUCCGUUGUCGGGUUCUCCAGUGAUUCCCGGUUCUACGGUCUGGAGAAGACGGGCGGCUGCUUUCCGAUCCGUUACCGGCAAGAGCUGCUUCAGCUCGGGAAGCUGGCGGGACCCGUGGUCAUCUCCCAGCUGAUGGUCUUCAUGAUCAGCUUCAUCAGCACCGUGUUCUGUGGCCACCUCGGCAAAACCGAGCUAGCGGGCGUGGCGCUGGCCAUCGCGGUGGUGAAUGUCACAGGUAUCUCCAUCGGAACUGGCCUCUCGUUGACGUGUGAUACCCUCAUAUCUCAGACGUAUGGGAGCGGUAACCUGAAGCGCGUGGGCGUGAUCCUCCAGAGGGGGGUCCUGAUCCUGCUGCUGGCCUGUUUCCCCUGCUGGGCCGUGCUCAUCAACACGGAGCCCCUCCUCCUCGCCGUCAGGCAGAGCCCAGAGGUCGCCAGUCUCGCCCAGAUGUAUGUGAAGAUCUUCAUGCCUGCCCUGCCGGCUGCUUUCAUGUACCAGCUCCAAGGAAGGUAUCUUCAAAACCAGGGGAUCAUAUGGCCGCAGGUCGUGACGGGAGCGAUUGCAAAUGUCCUCAACGCGAUCAUCAACUACGUCUUCAUCUACCUCCUGGACCUGGGCGUGGCGGGAUCCGCUGCAGCCAACGCCAUCUCCCAGUAUCUGCUGGCUGUGAUCUUAUUUGUGUACAUCUGCUGCAGAGGUCUGCACAAAGCCACCUGGGGAGAAGCUUUGCCUGGGUACCUCCUGCAAAACAACGGAUUCCCGCACUGCCCCCGGCCCCCGAGGGUCCCGGGCCCCGUCGAGGGGCCCUGGGCGGGCAACCUGGGGGCCCUUUUUGGCUCCCAUGAUGUCCCUGUUGGGAAUUGGGACGGGAAAUGA